AUGAAUUUUAUUGUUCCAAAUUCCUCGGCGAAAUUGGAGUGCGUUGAAUUUCGAGAAAAUAACCCGCGUGAUCAUUAUGCACGACUUGUACUUGGACCACUUGCACCAGGACAAGGUGUAACACUUGGGAAUACAUUUCGUAGGCUCUUGUUAAAUGAUUUACCUGGUGUUGCUAUCACAGCAGCAAAACUCAAUGAGACACGAACAGAAUUCAUGACACUCCCAGGAAUUCGUGAAUCCGUUGUUGAAAUCUUUUUAAACUUACGUGAUAUUGUUUUUUUUAAUACAUUUCCUGAUGUAUUAGCUCCACAAGGAACAAUUACGAUUAGUCCUCGUCCACAAACAGAUGAGAGUAAAAGUUUUCAUACUCCACGUGUGAUUUGUGCUGGUGACAUGCAAUUACCUGAAGGUAUUACAUGUGUAGACCCAACACAACCAAUUGCUACAUUAAUGAAUGGCGAUACAGCUUUUAAUCUGACAUUUAUUCUUGAACAAUCAACUGGAUAUCGUGUAUGGAAAAAACCAACACAAUCAUACGGAACAGGAUUUUAUCCUUCACCUCAAAUUGAGUCAGUUCAAAUCGAACAAGUAAAAUCUGGUGUAUUCCAACCAAUUGAUGGAAACUUUAUGCCAGUAAAGAAUGUUAAUUUUGCGGUCCAUGAGGUUCAACCACAUGGUGAAUAUAUUCAUUUUGAAAUUACAACAAAUGGAAGUAUCCACCCGCAUAAUGCAUUUAAACACGCAGGUGCGAUUCUUACAGAAAUUACACGCGCAACACUUCAAGAUCCACGACCUGUUGUUGGAAUUGAUGAAGCAUCAACUCCGGUUGAUACGGCAGUUGCUCAAAAAGCAUACUUUGAAAAUAUUGCAAUUGAGCAACUCGAGCUUUCAUUACGAGCAUAUAAUUGUUUAAAACGUGCUCAAAUUUUAACAUUAGCUGAUUUAUCACGUGAAUCAUAUUCAAGUCUUCUUGCACUUCGUAAUUUUGGACAGAAAUCUGCAGAAGAAGUAGCUAAAGCAUUAGAAACUUAUGGAAUUGAGUUGGUUCAAGAGCCAUAA